CAGGUCGGCCGGCCUGACCGCCGACCACCCGGACGACGCCCCGGCUCUUCUCGGUCCUGGGCUGGGGCUGGCCUGUAGCCCCGAGCCCUCGCCUGUCCCUCCACUUCCCACUCCCGGCUGCAGUCUUCUGCCGCUUCCAACUCCCCACCCUUAACUGCCUGCCCCGGUAUCUGCCCCCCCCCCCCAGCAGCCCUCCGCCCUGCUCUGCCCCUCCAAGGGCCGUGUCUCUGAGCUCCGACCCCAUGGCGCUUCAGGCGCUGCAGAGCUCGGGGGUGGCCUUCCGCAAGAUCCUGUCUCACUUCCCCGAGGAGCUGAGCCUGGCUUUCGCCUACGGCUCCGGGGUGUACCGCCAGGUGGGGCCCAGUUCAGACCAGAAGGUGAGCCUGGCCCCGGGGCAGGCCCCACGUCGGGAAUCGGCCUCAUCUCACGAGAAUGCCAUGCUGGACUUUGUUUUCACAGUAGAUGACCCUGUUGCAUGGCAUUCAAAGAACCUGAAAAAAAAUUGGAAUCAUUACUCUUUCCUAAAAGUUUUGGGGCCCAAGAUUAUCACCACUGUACAGAAUAACUAUGGCGCUGGAGUCUACUAUAAUCCAUUGAUCAUGUGUGAUGGUAGGCUUAUCAAAUAUGGGGUCAUUAGCACUAGUAUUUUGAUUGAAGAUCUCCUCAACUGGAAUAAUUUAUACAUUGCUGGACGACUCCAGAAACCGGUGAAAAUCAUAGCAAUGAAUGAGAAUGUUGCUCUUAGGUCAGCCCUUGAUAAAAAUCUGAAGAGUGCUGUGACCACGGCUUUCCUCAUGCUACCCGAAAGCUUUUCUGAAGAGGACCUCUUUAUAGAGAUUGCUGGACUGUCUUAUUCAGGCGACUUUCGGAUGGUGGUUGGAGAGGAUAAGACAAAAGUGUUGAAUAUUGUGAAGCCCAACAUAGCCCACUUUCGUGAGCUCUAUGGCAGCAUACUGCAGGAGAAUCCCCAAGUGGUGUAUAAAAUCCAGCAAGGCAGACUGGAGAUAGAUAAAAGCCCAGAAGGACAAUUCACUCAGCUAAUGACAUUGCCCAAAACCUUACAGCAACAAAUAAAUCAUGUUAUGGACCCUCCUGGAAAAAACAGAGAUGUGGAAGAAACUUUAUUACAAGUUGCUCAUGAUCCAGACUGUGGAGAGGUGGUGCGACAAGGGCUUUCAGCAAUUGUGAGACCUUCUAGUAUGAAACAGAGCACCAAAGGCAUUUUCACUGCCGAAGUCCUUUUGUUGUGGUCAUGGCUGUUGUUCUGCUUGCUGCACUAAGACAAAAUCCACCAAGUCCUACCUGUGUUCAGUUUUUCAACUAGCUGGUGCAUCAUGUGCAGGUGAGAAUCCCAGUGUAUUUGAUGGAGUUUGUAUUCGUUAUUAGCCAUUCUCAUGCCUCCCUUCGUAGCCUCCCACUGGGGGGAGGGGUGAAAAGGAAGGUUCAGACUUCCCCCUUAGCUAAUGAAUACCUUUUAUAUUGAAAUAUGCUUAGCUUCAGAGGUACAUAGCUAACCAAGGAGCUAAGCUUCGGGUCAGAAGACCUGGACUUGUGUUGCAGUUAUUCAUUUGUUGCCUCUGUAACCUUGGUAUGUUAAUUAGCCCUUCUUCCUUGAAAUGGAGGGGUUACUAUACCCAGCUCAGUACAUGUUCUGAGAGGGUCCAGUAUGUACCUAGUAGGUGCUUUAUAAACUUGGGUGAGUCUAGAUCUAAAUUUCACUCUAUUCCUAGGAAAGAUAGAGGCCAGGCAUCUAUAACCAGCCCAAAGGAUUGCCUUUUCUAACAAACUGUUUGAUAGCACGAUUGCCUGUUCUCAUGUGGUCUUACUACCUCCAAAGCCAAACACUGUUUUCCCCUUUUAGACUAACUCACCAGCAGCUCAGGAGAAGUGAAAGGCCAUUUAGUCUCCUGAUACUGGCCUGCUCCUCUUUUCAUGGUGGCAGCAGA